UUUUGGUCCUUGUUAAACCUCUCUCUCUCUCUCUCUCUCAUCUUCUUUUCUAAACCUUAGCUACUAUGUCAAGUGUAAUGCCUAAAGAGAAAACUAACCACUGUUUGUAACUCAAAGUUCUUCUACAAUGUCGUGUCUUUCCUUUGCUCAGUUUCUUCCACUUCCCAGGUGCCACUUGAAUUGGUCUUGUUGUUAUGCUUCUCCAAACGUAGUGCAACUUGGGGAUCUUAGGUUUCAGUGUAAAUCUAGUCAUGUGGCAAUGGCUAGAAAGAAAGCUUCUUUAGGUUCUGUUGAAGAAGAACCUAGUGAAAAUGAACCUGUGGUGGAAAAGAAGGCAACUAAGUCGUCUAAAGCUAAGAAGGCUGCGGCGAAGACGAAGAAAAAAUCAAUAGCUGAGUCUCCUGAAGGGACAGUUGAUUUGUUGGUAAAUGGAGAUAAUGCUUUUAUUGAAGAAGGUUCAUCUCCCUCUAGUGAUGGUUCCAAGAAGAAAACUCGGAAGACUCGAAAAAAAGAUGCAUCUAUUACUGCUGGCUUGGAAGAAGAGAAGGAACUUAAGGAAGAGAAAAAGGUCUUGAAACGAAGGAAACCUAAACAGGAAAAUGUAGUUUUAGAGGAUAAAGGCGGUGAAGCCGAGAUCGGUGACCAAGAUGAGGCUUCCUUUAUUGAAAAUGUGGAGGAUGAGAGCGACGAUGGUUUGGAAUCAUUAAAAGAUGAUGGAGAGGACAUUAGCAAUACUUACGGCUGGCCUCCACUUGUUUGUUGCUUCGGAGCUGCACAACAUGCUUUUGUGCCUUCAGGUAGGCCUGCCAAUAGGCUUAUAGAUCACGAACUCCAUGAAAGAAUGAAGGAUGCCCUUUGGAGCCCGGAAAAAUUUGUAAGGGCUCCUGGUGGUUCGGCCGGUAGUGUUGCCAUCGCUCUUGCAAGUUUGGGCGGCAAGGUUGCUUUUAUGGGGAAACUCGCAGAUGAUGAAUAUGGUCAAGCGAUGCUGUAUUAUAUGAAUGUAAAUAAUGUUCAAACACGAUCGGUCAGUGUUGAUAGUAAAAGGGCAACAGGUGUGUCGCUGAUGAAGAUCGGUAAAAGGAGACUUAAAUUGAGUUGUGUUAAACCCUGUGCUGAGGAUUGUUUGACAAAGGCAGAGAUAAAUAUUGAUGUGUUGAAAGAGGCAAAAAUGUUCUACUUCAAUACACAUUCCCUCCUCGAUCGUAACAUGAGAUCCACGACACUGCAAGCCAUCAAGAUUGCAAAGCAUUUUGGAGCGGUUGUUUUCUAUGAUGUAAACCUUCCUAUGCCACUAUGGCACUCUCAGGAAGAAACUAAGAUGUUCAUUCAGCAAGUGUGGAAUCUUGCAGACAUUAUUGAAGUUACUAAGCAAGAGUUAGAGUUCUUAUGUGGGAUCACACCAUCUGAAGAAUUUGACACGAAAAACAAUGCCAAGUCAAAGUUUGUCCAUUACGAACCUGAAGUAAUUGCACCACUAUGGCACGAAAAUCUUAAGGUUUUGUUUGUGACUAAUGGAACUUCUAAGAUACAUUACUACACUGCGGAGCUCGAUGGCGCCGUUAGUGGGAUGGAGGAUCCCCCAAUUACCCCUUUCACUUGUGACAUGUCAGCGUCUGGAGACGGCAUUGUUGCAGCUAUCAUGCGAAUGUUGACGGUUCAACCUGAUUUGAUAACCGAUAAAGGAUACCUGGAACAUAGCAUCAAGUAUGCAAUUGAUUGUGGGGUUAUAGAUCAAUGGAUACUUGGUCGAGUACGCGGCUUUCCACCCCAGGAAGAUACGGAGGACAUUACUCCUGAUCCAUAUGGCAUAAAGUCAAUUACAGAAACCGAGUAUCGUACGAUAUUAGAGCCAAUUAGUUGAACCAUGUGAUACACCAAGUAACAUCAGUUUUGUACCUUAUAUUUCUCCCACUGAAAUUCCUUUGUAUAGAAAACUCUGUAUCAAUUGUUGAUUUUCUUUUUAAUGUGUUUUCUUUCUAUUGCUAGAUGUUAUAUUGCCUUAGAUUUAGUUCUUAGGUUUUUGUAUCUCCCUUUUGGUUGUACUAACAAUUGUUAUAAGCAUUUUAUCCCUUGAAAUUUCAA